GAUUUGGCGUCGACGGCGAGUCGAGUCUUUGUUCGGGCUUUCUUGCUCGGUUAUCAAGUAUCUAUCAAAGUUUUCCUUUGCCAAGUAAUCUCAGAACCACCGGACUGUGGGUAGGAAAUAAUUUUUAAUUGGGCAGUGUAGCUGCGGCGUCGGCGAAGAUGUUGAUCAAGGAAUACCGAGUUGUACUUCCUCUUACGGUCGAGGAGUACCAAGUUGGCCAGUUGUACUCAGUAGCACAGGCCAGCAAAGACAACACUGGUGGCGGUGAAGGCAUUGAAGUCGUCAAGAACGAGCCGUGCGACCAUGCUGAGUUUGGCAAAGGCCAAUACACGUACAAGAUAUACCAUCUGGAUGGAAAGGUCCCACGAUGGAUUCGCAAGAUCGCACCCAAGGGCUCAUUGGAGAUCCACGAAGAGGCAUGGAACUGCUACCCAUACUGUCGGACAGUUCUCAAAAAUCCCGACUACAUGAAGGACAACUUCUCUCUGAUUGUGGAGACUUGGCAUAAGGAUGGCUGCGCGGAUAUCGACAAUGUACAUAACCUUGACAAGGACAAACUCAAGCAGAGAGAAGUGGUGCUUAUUGACAUCGGUAAUGACCCAAUCGACCCAGCGUCUUACAAAGAAGACGAGGACCCAACCAAGUUCAAGUCCGAGAAGACCGGCCGUGGACCACUCACGGGAAAAUGGCAGGAGAGCGCAUCACCCGUGAUGACCUGCUACAAACUGGUAUCGUUCGAAUUCAAGUGGUUCGGCCUCCAGACUUUCAUGGAGCGCAAGGGCAUUGAGUUCAACAAGAACCUCUUCACAAUGUUUCACCGACAGCUGUUUUGUUGGCUGGACAAGUGGCAUGGUAUGACAAUGGGAGACAUCCGUGAAUUGGAGGAGAAGACGAAGGCAGAGCUUGACGACCAACGGCAAAACGGCGAGGCCAAAUCGACGAUGAAGUUUGGCGAUUAGUUUAUUUCUAUAUUUAUUUAUCGAGGUGAUAGUCGAGUGGCGUUAGUGUGCGUACGUGUGCCUGUGUGCGAGAGAGUGCUUUUAUACACGCAUUUGAGCUAGAUUUGAGCGGGUGUAUGCGGUUAUUUUUUUCCAUUUCUGAUCCGCGUCUCCAGUCCUUUGAGAAACGUGCUGACCUAAAGAUCUUUUCAACUCUUUAGCAAAUUUGCUCCGUGUACAAUA